CUUAGAGGAAACCUUAAACCUGAAAUCACUGUAAAACUCGAAAAGUUUAGUAAAGAUUCAGUAACACUUUCGUCCAUCCGAACCACCCCGCAAAACUCACCCUUAAGCGAAAGGAAAAGGGGCCGAACAAAAUGUGAAAACAACUUAUUCAGUCACCCAACCCUGCCGCCUCAUCUCUCUCUCGGCAUCUUUUAAUCUCCUUUCACAGCUUCUCAGUCGCGAGUCUUGCCUCUCUGCCGCAGGUUUCACCACUCCCUUUCUCUCUCUCUCGGGGAAUAGCGAGCUCUUUAAUUGGGUGACAAGAAGACAGCAAACUUCAUUGGAACGGUAGCUCCAAACCCCCAACAUACCUGUCUGCCAUGGCGUGUCGUGCUUUGCAGAGAGGAAUAGGUCUAUUCUUACGCUCUAACUGUUCGCUUGAGCCCCGUCUUCGUAAAGAUCCAUCUUGGCAAUUUGUUCCUUUUUUAACUUCAAUCAAUCAAUAUGAAUUCAAUAAAAGAGGAAUUCAGACACAAAAGGAGCCAAUCAACCCUGCUAGUGAAGAUUUGGUAACCCAGGAUUCUGUCAGUGUGAAGCCUGGUGAUUUGGGAAGUGUUCCCUCCCAAAUAGAAAGUAGCAGUUCUAGCUCUUCAGUAAAAUAUUCUGCAGUAUCUAACUUGAAAACAUCGACUAGGCAUGACCUUGCCAUGAUAUUCACUUGCAAGGUCUGCGAAACAAGGUCAGUCAAGACAUUUUGUCGGGAUUCAUAUGAGAAAGGUGUGGUGGUGGCACGUUGUGGCGGAUGUGAUAAUCUCCACCUGAUUGCUGAUCAUCUUGGGUGGUUUGGAGAACCGGGAAGGGUUGAAGACUUCCUUGCUGCCCGUGGGGAGGAAGUUAGAAAGGGAAGUGUUGAUACAUUGAGUUUGACUCUAGAUGAUUUAGCUGGCAAGAAAUCUUGAAAAGCUGAAAAUUUUGGCUAUUGAAUUUAUUUUAUUACCUUUAGAGUCAUUAGUUAGAACAAAAUAUAUAUAUAUAUAUAUUAUUAACUACGAAUGAAAUAUAUAUACAUGCCUUUAAGUUAUUUCUGAAAUUAUUUUUAUAGGUUUGUUUGGUUAUUAAUGUAGUUUGAUAAGUUUAGUGAAUAAGACAUACGUCAAGGAGCUUCUGAUUUGUGGGCAUCUACAAAGCAGGCAGUGGAAAAUUAAGCUCCAUUGAUGUUGCAAUCUUUUCCAAAUGUCUGGAGAGCCUCCCAUUUGGGUCGUGCCUACAAUAGAAUAUUAGACUUAUUUAGCACUAGUCACUUUCUUCUAUAUUGUCUCAUAUUUCAAUGAAAAUUCGAAACAAUACAUAGCUGAUACACUCUUGGAUCAGAAAUUAAAAAUGUUGACAAACUAAAA